GGGUUGGCGUGGUUCAAUCCACUGGGGAUCCAGCUGGUGGGGGUGGACCACUUGCAGGCCAGCAAUUUCGACGGGGUCUGCCGCGAGUUCCCCGAGGUCUUCGACGGGUCCUUGGGGAGCUACAAGGGUCCGCCCAUCACUUUACCGAUAGACCCAACGGUCAGGCCCAUAAGGCUUAAAGCGAGGCGCGUCCCGUUCGCCCUUAAGCCUAAAAUAGAGGCAGAACUGGACCGCCUAACAGCCCAGGGCGUCCUAGAACCUGUAACAUAUGCGGAAUGGGAGACCCCCAUAGUAACGCCAGUCAAACCCAACGGGGAGGUUAGGAUCUGCGCUGACUACAAGUGCACGAUCAAUAAGGCGCUGCAAGACAACCCCUACCCAGUCCCGGUGGUUAGCCACGUCCUAGCAGCACUAGCCGGGGCGAGGACGAUCGUGACCCACAGGGGCGCGUUCAGGGUUAAACGGCUGCAGUUCGGGGUCAGUGUAGCUCCGGGAAUAUUCCAGAGUAUAAUGGACUCUCUCUUGAAAGGGAUUCCCGGAGUUCAACCCUUCUUUGACGACGUUUUAAUCGCCGCCCCCACCGAAGGAGAGCGUUUCACCAUCGCCACUGACCACAAGCCGCUCCUCGGCCUCCUAGCCCCCGAUCGUCAGACCCCCCAGAUUCUGUCGCAGAGGGUUUUAAGGUGGAACCAGUUCCUGAAUUCAUACACUUACGCACUGAUACACCGCCCCGGUAAAGCAAUGGGUCACGCAGAUGCCCUCAGCCGCCUGCCGCUACCCACAACGGACCCAGAUCCCGCCCCGGCACAUGGGGUGAUGCUCAUUGAGUCGCUCCCCGAGCGCCCACUGCACGCGGAUGAGGUGGCUCGGGCGACUGGGAGAGACCGCAUCCUCGCACGGGUCAGGGACUGGGUGGGAAGGGGGUGGCCCUCGGGCAAGGUGGAAGAAGCAUUUCGGCCGUUCGCGUCCAGGAAGGACGAGCUAUCGACACACAAGGGGUGCAUACUCUGGGGGAGCCGGGUGGUGGUCCCCCCCCUGCGCAGACAGGUAUUGGAGGAUCUCCACGAGACCCACCCGGGCAUCGUGAGAAUGAAAGCCCUGGCCCGGAGCUACGUGUGGUGGCCGGGCAUGGAUGACGAAAUAGAGGGGUGGGUAAGAAGGUGCCAACCAUGCCAGGAGUCCAGACCCAAUCCGCCGUCCGCCCCGGUCCACAGGUGGGAGUCGAACGGGCGGCCGUGGUCCCGCCUCCAUGUGGAUUUCGCGGGGCCGUAUCAGGGCCAGAUCUUCUUUAUACUUGUGGACGCAUAUACAAAAUGGCUAGAGGUAAUCCCGGUGGCCUCGACCUCCACCGCAGCAGCAGUCAGGGCGCUCAGAAGGGUCCUCUGCACACACGGGAUCCCUGACACCCUGGUGACGGACAACGGCACGGCAUUCACCUCCCGGGAAUUCCGGGAGUUCACCGACCGGUACCUCAUAAGGCACAUAAGGUCCGCCCCAUUCCACCCAGCCACCAACGGCCAGGCGGAGCGCAUGGUGCGGACCACCAAAGAGGCCCUCGGCCAACUGCUCAUGGGGAGGAAACUGACCACUCGUCUAGAUAGGUUACACCCGGACCGGGCGCCGGAUGUCCGCGGGUCCCCCGAGGUCCGGGAAGCAGUGAGAGGAUUCUUUCCGGGCGACCCCGUGUAUGCGAAAAACUUCGCAAGCGGCCCC